AUGCGAUUACCGAGGCUAAAACUUUGGUCUCAAUGUCGGCACAUUGCUUCGAGGACAGAUGUUACAAAAUUGAGGAACAUUGGUAUUAUAGCACAUAUUGAUGCUGGUAAGACAACCACUACCGAACGAAUGCUUUAUUUCAGCGGAAAAACAAAGCGCAUAGGUAACGUCGACGAGGGGGAUACAGUUACGGACUUCUUACCUCAGGAAAGAUCGAGAGGGAUUACCAUUCAAAGCGCCGCUAUUACUUUUAAUUGGCAAAACUCGUUCGGUAUUAACUUAAUUGAUACGCCAGGUCAUGCUGAUUUUACCUUUGAAGUUAUACGAUCACUCAAGGUAUUGGAUGGAUGUGUGACAAUACUGGAUGCUGUUGCCGGAGUUGAGGCACAAACAGAAAAGGUGUGGAGUCAGGCAAAAGGCAUUCCAAAAAUUUGCUUCAUCAAUAAAAUGGAUCGUGUGGGCGCGGGUUUCAGUAGGACAGUGAAAGAACUUAUAGUAAAAAUGAAUACAAGGGUUUUACUGAUAAACAUUCCCGUAUUUUCUCAGCCUGGUCCCACAAUGGAGCCUAUCUUUGAAGGUGUACUUGACGUUGUCAACAAAACAGUUCUUAGAUGGACUGCCACUGAUGUUAACCUUGUUAAUAUAGAGGAUGUUACGAGUGACUCUCCUCAUUGGAACGAACUCGUUAAACUCAGAGAGUCUCUGAUUGAAACCUUGAGCGAAUAUGAUGAAGAUCUGGUUGAGUACUUUCUUGAAACUGCAAACGGCGAUUAUAUGGCAAUUCCAGCAAAAAAAAUUGACCACUCUGUCCGGAAAUGCUCCCUAGCGAAUUUUGCUACUCCAGUAUUGUGUGGCGCUUCGUUCCGCAACAUUGGCGUUCAGCCAUUGUUGGAUGCUGUUAUCAAAUACCUCCCCUCACCAGUUGAAGCAAGACUGCCAGAUUUCAAUCACAAUCUUCCUGUCGAAGUUUCAAACAAAAAAGGCGUUGUUGUGAACAAAAACCACAACCUCUGCGUUGCUCAAGCUUUCAAAGUUAUCACAGAUCCAAUCAGAGGGAUUAUGGUGUACGUCAGAGUAUAUACUGGUGUUCUCAACAGUGGAUUCGCAAUUUUCAAUUCAACUACAGGAGCCAAAUUUAAGGUUGGGAAGCUGGUCAUUAUGCAUGCAAACGUUGCAGAGGAAGUCAAACAGUUGAACGCUGGGGAAAUAGGUGUCCUCACCGGAUCAACGGUAUCAGAAAAUGUCAGGACAGGAGACACAAUCAUAGCGCAUAACAUGAAAAGAGACGGUCUACGAUCACUCAACAAGGAGAAGGAACUAAGUCUGAAAAUAAAUCCUAUCAUCACCCCUCCUCCUGUAUUUAGUGCUGCUAUUGAACCAAGAACUUUAGGAAAUAGGAAGGCAAUGGAAGAGUCUAUAAAUGCACUUAUUCGGGAAGACCCAAGCUUGCGCGUGAGUGUUGACGAAGAAAGCGGACAAACGCUCUUAAGCGGCAUGGGCGAGCUCCAUCUUGAGAUAGCGAAAGAUAGGCUCUUGAAUGAAUUAAACGCAGAUGUCGAAGUUGGAAAAGUUGUGGUUUCUUACAACGAGACCUUAAAUGUCUCUUCUCCUUUGCAAGAACAUAAGUCAGAAGACGGCUACCACUUCGGUAUCCAAGUUGAGCCUUUGGAAGUUGCGACUGAGACUAGAAACGAAAACGAAGAGUGGCACUACCUUUCAAAUGACAACAAUUACCUCGUAAUGGAGAAGGGUGCACAUAGGCUGAAGGAAUCGAACUGGCCUUACCAGAUUCCCUACGAUUCUAUUGUUAAUGCCAUUUUGUCAAGCUGUCUCGUCGCCUUCCAGCGUGGUGGCAAGAGGGCUCGUUUCCCGCUCCAUUCUUGUGUCGUUCGUGUCAAAAGUGACUGGAGCAUACCUCCAGACCUGAACUCAGUUACCCCAAUACUAAAGAUAUCAAAAUCUAUGAUUUUGGAGGGUUUAGACAAAAUUGCAGAUAGAGACUACUCCAUUUUGGAACCAAUAAUGAAUAUAACAGUCACUGUCAAGCAACAAGAUAUGGGUCAAGUCUUACAAGAUCUGACAGGUGCCUGUAAGGCUAAUAUUUUAUCUAUCGAGGACGAGCAUGAUGUGAGUAGCGAAGAGAAUUUUGAUCUAACCUUUCAAAAGAUUGCCGAAGAACAAUAUUUACCUUCGGACAAUACUAUGGAUAAAGCCAAUAUAUCUAGCGGUUCAAGCAUCAACAAGAUUAUCAAAGCUCUAGUUCCAGUCGGAGAAAUGGUUUCCUAUACGAGCAAGCUCAGAAGCCUUACACAGGGAAGGGGCAGCUAUCACAUGGAAUAUUCUGGAAUGGAAAAGGUAACUGGCGACCGGCUUCCAAUGAUUUUAGAGAACUACUAA